AUGCAAGGGGCGACGUUCUUGUUCUCCACCACGUCCUCCGCUGCCUGCAGGGCGUCCAGAGAGAAGCAGGGCCUCCGGACCCACUCAGAGCAAAGCAGCAGCACAGCAGGGAUGAGUGAGUUCUGGAACAAGAUUGGCUGCUGCGUGGUGGCCAAACCUCCACCGAGAAAGAGGCGCAGGAAAAUCGACCGCAGCAUGAUCGGCGAGCCCACAAACUUUGUCCACUUGACACACAUUGGCUCUGGGGAGAUGGCAGAGGGCCGGGCCCCGGCCCUACAGUACCUGAGGCAGUGGAAAUCUAGGGAGACGAGCAUCCACAGGAGAUUCAGUGAGAGGGAAGAGGUGACAUUCUAAACGUUAAGAGAAAGGAAUAGAACCGGACUUGGCACUGAGCCUUGGGGAACACUCAUCUUUUUUUGGGACUGGACUGGUUGCAACGCCAUUCCACCCUAAGCGACGUUCUUGUUCUCCACCACGUCCUCCGCUGCCUGCAGGGCGUCCAGAGAGAAGCAGGGCCUCCGGACCCACUCAGAGCAAAGCAGCAGCACAGCAGGGAUGAGUGAGUUCUGGAACAAGAUUGGCUGCUGCGUGGUGGCCAAACCUCCACCGGUGAGUUUGUCCCUUCUGAGAAAUUACUGGAACACACAGUAACUUUUUAGCUUCCGUGCUAGCCCUGCUUUUACAGCUCCAAGGUCAAUGGGUCAAGAUUAAGGGUUUGCCUGAUUUUAAGAUGUUUACCUGCCUCCAAAGAGUUUGGAUAUUAGAUUCACCACACCACCAUGUCUACAACUUCACUAGUUGAAGUUAGUUCAGCCAUGCCAGCUGUGGAUCCUCAAGAUGCAUGGCAUGGGAUGACAUGGGUAUCAUUAGCUGAUUCUUCAGCUAGUCGACAACACUAGUUAGAAGAGAGCCCUCUGCUACUGUCAGUCGCCUGAGAAAUAGGUCAGGUAGAUGGUGAGGGAGUGGAAGAAGGAAUGACUCUGGCGUUUUCUGUUGUUUUGAAGUGGGUGACCCACAUAGUCCCGACGGUCUGCCUAUCUGGAGGGCUAGACUUCAGUCCAGACAGACUGCUCUGUCAUUAGACAUUACCUCUUGAAUCAGGAUUAAGAAGACGUAGGUUAGGCUGGGCUCAACCUUAGUCUAGCUCAGACGUGUAACUUCAUAAAAAGAAACACUCCACUAUUACCAGAUCAGAAGAUAUCAAGGCUGUCCCAAGCACCCAUACACUUCACCUUGUGUUUAACCUUAAGGGCACUGUAAAACUAUUGUUGUAGUCGGCACGUCAUCGUCAUAGAAUUGGCAUUAAGUCAAAUAAGGAGAUUGUAUCCCUCCACAGCAUGUCUCUAUGGUAACUCCAGAACCCUCCCCUAACAAUUAAUGGGGUCUCUGAGGGGAAGUGGGCUUCUGGCAUGUGCUGCUAUUGAGCUCAUUCUUUUCCCUCCCUUCCUCCUCCCACCUUUAUUUUUAGGUCCUUGUUUAUUCUAUUGUUGGGACGAGAGAAGGCCAGACUAGAAUGUGUGUAUAGCAUGUAGUGGCAUACUAACAAGUGUUACUUCCCAGAAAGGCUUGCUUUGUCAAUUGUUUAUUUCUGAUAACAGUGCAAUGACUAUGUCGUUGGACCUGUGUAUAAUGUAAUUAACAUUCUUUUUAGUUUUUAUAAAUCCCUAAUUAUUCAAAUGAAUAAUUGCUAUGUGGCAUUUGCACUAUACAGUCAGAAUAUUGAUACAUUCAAUGUGGUCAUGAUCCAUAAUGUGAAAUGGCUCAUUAAUUCCUGUCAGUUCUGGGUCAUCUGUCUGCACCCAGCGUAGCCUGUUGUAACAAGUGGGGCUUAUUCCCAGCACUGCUGACAGGUGAUGACAUGCCUUUACACUGACAGAACUGAACAUCUAAUAAAACAAGUAUUAGAGAAGGGGAUGUUCAACGUUCCACUUCCAUUCAUGUCAUUUAGCAGACGCUCUUAUCCAAAACCACCUAUAGGAGCAGUUCAUGUCAUUUAGCAGACGCUCUUAUCCAAAACCACUUAUAGGAGCAGUUCAUGUCAUUUAGCAGACGCUCUUAUCCAAAACCACCUAUAGGAGCAGUUCAUGUCAUUUAGCAGACGCUCUUAUCCAAAACCACCUAUAGGAGCAGUUCAUGUCAUUUAGCAGACGCUCUUAUCCAAAACCACCUAUAGGAGCAGUUCAUGUCAUUUAGCAGACGCUCUUAUCCAAAACCACCUAUAGGAGCAGUUCAUGUCAUUUAGCAGACGCUCUUAUCCAAAACCACUUAUAGGAGCAGUUCAUGUCAUUUAGCAGACGCUCUUAUCCAAAACCACCUAUAGGAGCAGUUCAUGUCAUUUAGCAGACGCUCUUAUCCAAAACCACCUAUAGGAGCAGUUCAUGUCAUUUAGCAGACGCUCUUAUCCAAAACCACCUAUAGGAGCAGUUCAUGUCAUUUAGCAGACGCUCUUAUCCAAAACCACCUAUAGGAGCAGUUCAUGUCAUUUAGCAGACGCUCUUAUCCAAAACCACUUAUAGGAGCAGUUCAUGUCAUUUAGCAGACGCUCUUAUCCAAAACCACCUAUAGGAGCAGUUCAUGUCAUUUAGCAGACGCUCUUAUCCAAAACCACCUAUAGGAGCAGUUCAUGUCAUUUAGCAGACGCUCUUAUCCAAAACCACCUAUAGGAGCAGUUCAUGUCAUUUAGCAGACGCUCUUAUCCAAAACCACCUAUAGGAGCAGUUCAUGUCAUUUAGCAGACGCUCUUAUCCAAAACCACUUAUAGGAGCAGUUCAUGUCAUUUAGCAGACGCUCUUAUCCAAAACCACUUAUAGGAGCAGUUCAUGUCAUUUAGCAGACGCUCUUAUCCAAAACCACCUAUAGGAGCAGUUCAUGUCAUUUAGCAGACGCUCUUAUCCAAAACCACCUAUAGGAGCAGUUCAUGUCAUUUAGCAGACGCUCUUAUCCAAAACCACUUAUAGGAGCAGUUCAUGUCAUUUAGCAGACGCUCUUAUCCAAAA